ACCCCAUCCCUGGACGGUUGCGAGGAUGACUAUCACGUACUGUCCCUUUAAUUGGCAAGUUGGCAGAGUCUCCAGGACGGAGCGGGCAUCAGUCGUAGCCCACCAUGUGACCGAGCGGGAAGAACCUCUUAUAACUUGUAUUGGAACUUGUGAGACUCUCCAUAGAAACCACCUCGAGAGCCCUCAGAGGAAUUCAGUCUCUUUUUAGUCUCUCGGCUUUGAUCCUCAGUUUCCCCUGGCUUCUUCGUGGAAGGGGGGGUCCAGCGCAAUUUAAAUUUAUCGGCGUUUUACCGACCAUUGUCGUCUCGUUCUUCUUCAUCUUCUCCGUCCUCAUGGCUUUUGAGAGGAAUGCCCAGCACUUCGAGGACUUUGUGAUGCAGAGGCCGCGUAUCGGGCACAUCUCCGGUAUCCCACUGGAUCAGAAUACGUGCGACACCUGGGACCACAUCUGGAAAUUUCAGGCGCAUCCGGGGGACAUCCUGGUGGCCGCUUAUCCGAAAGCAGGCACCACGUGGAUGCAGGAGAUCGUGGAUAUGAUAUGUCUGGAAGGUAAUACCGAAAGAUGCCGCCGGGCGCCAACCUACGACAAACACCCGUUUCUGGAAGCGGUAGCCCCGAAACCUGUCCCAUCAGGACUGCAGUUGGCAGAAAACAUGGCGCCACCACGCAUCUUGAAAACCCACCUUCCCGUCCAGCUGCUGCCACCAUCUUUCUGGGAACAGGACUGCAAGGUGAUAUACAUGUCCAGGAACGCCAAGGACUGCAUGGUGUCCUAUUAUUACUUCCAGAAAAUGAACAAAGGUCUCCCGGACCCUGGAGAUUGGGACACCUACUUCUCAAGCUUCCUGUCUGGAGAUGUCACAUGGGGGAGCUGGUUUGACCACGUGUUGGGCUGGUGGAAAGCUAAAGACCAUCAUCAGGUUCUUUACAUCUUCUACGAGGACAUGAUGGAGGAUACAAGACGAGAGAUCGAGAAGGUGAUGAGGUUUUUGGGGAAGGAGCUCUCUGAGGAGGUCCUGGAGGACGCCUACCGGCACACCACCUUCCAGGCUAUGAGGAAGAACCCGAUGGCCAACUAUAGCACCAUCCCCUCCUUCGUCAUGGACCAUUCCGUAUCCCCCUUUAUGAGGAAAGGCAUUGUGGGGGACUGGAGGAAUCAUUUCACGGUGGCACAGGACGAAAUCUUUGAGAAGGAAUAUCGGAGAAGGAUGGAGGGGACAGACCUGACUUUCCGCACGCAGCUCUGAGGAUGAGCGCCCCCACCUGAUCGGACAUGGUGACCGAUUCCCACGUUACCCAUAGGGGCACAGGUGACUAAGCCGUCAGGACAUUAUAAUUCAUGUGUAACCCUAUGGAUACUGGGUUCGUACAGCAGUGGCUUUUUAGCUGUUGUAGGACUACAAGUCUCAGCAUGUCACAGAGGCUGCAGACUGUCAUGAAGUUCCACUGGAUCAGACCACAGCUACAUGUGCAGUCCCCAUAUGCGAUGAUAGGAAAUCUAUGAGGUCCAGAUCCAACCAUUGCUAUAGGGGUUUCUAUAUAUUCAAUUCAAUAAGUUUCAAAUGAGAUAUUAAAAUGUAUGUAUCUAAGCCUAUCAUGUGUGACACUGUCUGUGGAGUUGAGGUAUCUAAUCCUAUCAUGUGUGAUACUGUCUGCUGAGCUGCGGUAUCUAAUCCUGUCAUGUGUGAUACUGUCUGUGGAGUUGAGGUAUCUAAUCCUAUCAUGUGUGAUACUGUCUGCUAAGCUGCUGUAUCUCAUCCUAUCAUGUGUGAUACUGUCUGCUGAGCUGCGGUAUCUAAUCCUGUCAUUUUUGAUACUGUCUGCUGAGAUGCUGUAUCUAAUCCUGUCAUGUGUGAUACUGUCUGCUGAGCUGCGGUAUCUAAUCCUGUCAUGUGUGAUACUGUCUGCUGAGCUGCUGUAUCUAAUCCUGUCAUGUGUGAUAUUGUCUGCUGAGCUGCUGUAUCUAAUCCUGUCAUGUUUGAUACUGUCUGCUGAGCUGCUGUAUCUCAUCCUAUCAUGUGUGAUACUGUCUGCUGAGCUGCUGUAUCUAAUCAUAUCAUGUGUGAUACUGUCUGCUGAGCUGCGGUAUCUAAUCCUGUCAUGUGUGAUAUUGUCUGCUGAGCUGCUGUAUCUAAUCCUAUCAUGUGUGAUACUGUCUGCUGAGCUGCUGUAUCUCAUCCUAUCAUGUGUGAUACUGUCUGCUGAGCUGCUGUAUCUAAUCCUGUCAUGUGUGAAACUGUCUGCUGAGCUGCUGUAUCUAAGCCUGUCAUGUUUGACACUGUCUGCUGAGCUGCUGUAUCUAAUCCUGUCAUGUUUGAUACUGUCUGCUGAGCUGCUGUAUCUAAUCCUAUCAUGUGUGAUACUGUCUGCUGAGCUGUUGUAUCUCAUCCUAUCAUGUGUGAUACUGUCUGCUGAGCUGCUGUAUCUAAUCCUGUCAUGUGUGAUCCUGUCUGCUGAGCUGCUGUAUCUAAUCCUGUCAUGUGUGAUAUUGUCUGCUGAGCUGCUGUAUCUAAUCCUGUCAUGUGUGAUACUGUCUGCUGAGCUGCGGUAUCUAAUCCUGUCAUGUGUGAUACUGUCUGCUGAGCUGCGGUAUCUAAUCCUGUCAUGUGUGAUACUGUCUGCUGAGCUGCGGUAUCUAAUCAUGUCAUGUGUGAUACUGUCUGCUGAGCUGCGGUAUCUAAUCAUGUCAUGUGUGAUACUGUCUGCUGAGCUGCGGUAUCUAAUCCUGUCAUGUGUGAUACUGUCUGCUGAGCUGCUGUAUCUAAUCCUGUCAUGUGUGAUACUGUCUGCUGAGCUGCUGUAUCUAAUCCUGUCAUGUGUGAAACUGUCUGCUGAGCUGUGGUAUCUAAUCCUGUCAUGUGUGAUACUGUCUGCUGAGCUGCUGUAUCUCAUCCUAUCAUGUGUGAUACUGUCUGCUGAGCUGCGGUAUCUAAUCCUAAUCUCACAGACUCCACCUCCCAUCAUCUCUGUACACUGUGACGAUGUCUGAAUAAUUAAAAUAUAACCUUAAUUAAACCGCACCGUACUUGGCGCAAAUGUAAAAUACCAAAGCCCAGAACUGCUGAUUUUUUUGUCACUUCUUAGACGAAUACAAAUUUUCAUACAAAUAGUUAUAUAUUUUUAUAAGCAGUAAUAUAAAAUAAAACCUAUAUAAUUUG